AUGCGGCCUUUGAUGGCGCCCGUUUUCGGGAAACAGGCAUGUUCGGGCGUGAUUUCGCCUGUAUUGAUCGCGAGAGCAGCAGCUGCAGCAGCAGCGUCGCUAGAAGGGGAGCCUCACGCGAAGAUUCCUCGGCAGAGGAAGCUACGAUGGCGGGAUGAGCUUGGAAUGGCUCUCACAUCAGUGCGAGAGUACGACCCAAGUGACGGGAAAUGCGACAUGGACGAAUCACACGAAUGCAGCUAUGUGGAUGGCUGUGCCGUGCAAUGA